CUAUACGUCAUAAACUUGCAGUUUGGCGAUCGUUCGCAAAAUGAUUGGAAAAAGUUUGCUUGACUGAAACGCUUCCGUAAAUAAUAUCGAAUUUUCAGUCAGUUUUCACUUUUGAUUUGCCAGCUAAUAAGUAUCAAUCCACAAGUGAACAAUGAGUGCAAAAAAGUAUCUCAAAACGGUGCCUCCACAACCUCCAGCGCAGCCUGUAGCAAAGACGGAAAAAGAGGAGCAACUAUGGAACGCACUCAAACGACACAUCAUGAGGGAACGGGAACGCAAGAAACAAGAGCUGGAAGCGGAAGUUGAAGAGGAACGACUCCGUAAGGAGCGAGAAGCUCGCGAAAAACAAGAUGUAAUGACUUUGGGGGAAACCAAGGAGCAGAUCCAAAUGCUUGAGAAACAACUGCAGGAACUGCGCAACGAAAAGCAGCAGCUGUUUCUCCAGUUGAAGAAAGUUCUGAAUGAGGAUGACAACCGGAAAAGGCAAAUGAAGGAGUCAGUGGAAAUGUUUGCAGUGCAUAAUAUUCCACAACAGCAAAUCUAUCUGCCACAGCGGACGACUACGGCAAUGCCCCCACAUCAACAGCAUUUGAUACACAAGGCCACACCACCGGUGAAUGUAACGAAACGGACGCACAGCCCGUCACCGCAAGGUUACUAUAAACCGACGAACGUUACUCCAGCGUACCCUCCGCCUCAGCCCCAAAAGCUCGAGGAGGGCAGACGAGGCCCGGGUGAAGUGGCCCGUGCCGUUCUGUGGAACAAGUCGCAGUACUGUCCACCGGGAACACUGUUCUAUCCGACCAAUGCCCCGCAACCACCCAACCAGCCGGACAAUCGUCAACCGCAACCGCAAAUCAUUUAUCCACCCUAUCAGGGCAAUCUGGCGAUUCCAAUCCGCCAAUCGUACCACGUUGAUAUACCGCCGCAGCAGGGGCCGGCCCUUCCUGCGCCCCAAAAGGCUCCCGAGUUGAUCAAGCAGGGUCCAGGGCCUGGUCCGGCACCCGGCAAUGUCUAUCACAUUACCCUUGACCAACAAGGAAUGCCUCAACCACCGCAAAAUCCAGGACCCCCUCCCCAAUUGAAGGCCAUCACCAUCGAGAAGGUCCCACAGGAUCGCGGUGUACCCUAUCACAUCGAGAUGAAGCACGAUGAACGGAAGGACAUGCGUCAACCGCAGCCGCCGCCUCAACAACCCCAGCCGCCAACCCAUCUUCCGGAAGGGAUCGUGUACAAUUCGGCACUACGCCCUGGAGGCAUACCGAUGCAUGCCAUCGCUUCCAACCAGCAAAUGCCGAAAGGAGGCAGUAUUACGCAGGGAUACCCGCCGGCAAGGCCACAGCAGAUCCCUAAUCCGCAGCAGCCUCAACCGCCGCAGAUACACUAUCAGAGACAUCGCUAUUAGGGCGGCAAGUUUUUCGGUCAUGCAAUAGUUGGGUUCUAGAAUCUGAGAAAUUUUACAUCAUUUUUGUUCUUAAUAUUUUCAUAUGAGUAUCGUCCAUAGAAUAAUAAUAGGUUUUUUUUCGCCUUCAAACUGGA